GUCCCAUCGUUUUCCUUUUGCUUCGUUUGGAGGGAAGAGCUUGCUGUUUUGGAGUUUUAACUAAAGUUUCUUUCCCUCUCCCGCCUAAUUUCACCAAGCGAAGUCCUGCCCGUCCCUCUCCGCGCUUGGGCUGUUGUGUUUGUUGUGUCUAGCAGCAGAGGCUGUUUUCGGCUUCUUCGGGUCUGGCUGGCUGUGUAGGGGUGUGUAAGUGUGUCUGUGCCUUCCCGAAAGGAAAGAGGCAAAGACUCCUGCUCCUUUUUCUGGGUUUUUUUCCCCCAUUCCAAAAAUCACGGCGGUUUUUAAAAGGCAACACGCACGCACUUUAGCCAAAAAGCUAGGGGGUUACUCCAAAAGAAAUGUUCUAGGGCUGCGAGAAAGCGGGCUCCGAUGCCCGGGAAGGGGGGGGGGGGGAGAGAGAGAGAAUACAACGCACUGGAGGCACUAAGAAGGCAGCGGGCUCCCUGGACAGCGGGACACAACCCUCACCCCCCCUCCCUUUUCCAAGAGGCGUCCCGCCUCUCUGGGCUGCAGACAGCUCACCCUCCCUCACGUUUUGGAAAGGGCUGCGGAGCUCAGCUGAAGCUGGUCGUGUACUCGAAGCAAGCGGGAGAAAACGUCCUAAGAAAGAGAAAGGCAAAGUGGGGUGGGCGAGUCGCCUCCAGUUCUGGGUACUCGCUGGCGAAAAGGGCCCUCUUCCCGGCCUGUUCUGCAAAGUAAGGCACUGCUUCGUAUAACUCAAGCUCCUGUGAUGUUACAUCUGUUUCCAAGGAUGAUCAUCUCCUUACUCCUCUUUCUUAUUGGGUUGCCAGAAAUCGGCUCUCUGGAGAUUUCUCCCAAUGACCGGGAAGUCAUCCUCGCUCUCUACAGUGAUUUUACCCUGACGUGUUCAGGGCAGAAUGAGAUUACCUGGAAGAAGGACAGCAAACAUACUAUAGUAGAAACCAUCCUGGAGAAAAAGGGUGGAACUUUUUUUAACACUCUCACACUCAGGAACGUAACUGGCUUUUAUACAGGAGAAUAUUCCUGUGUCUACAAUCAAGUCCCAGAGGGGAAAGCCAUCUAUAUUUUUGUACCAGAUUCUUCUUUGCCAUUCUUGCCAAAUAUGCAGGAGGACACAUUUGUUUUCAGCACUGGCCAUGGCGAGAACAUUAUCCCAUGUCGUGUGACUGACCCCAACACUACAGUGACUCUUUACGAAAAGAGGGGCAAUGACCCAGUCCCUGGCACGUACCACCCACAACAAGGCUUCAAGGGGUACUUUGAAGAUACAACCUAUAUCUGCAGGGCGUUGAUUGAUGAACAGGAAUUUGACUCUGAAACAUACUAUGUCUACAGCAUCCAAGUUUCUUCCUCACCAACGUCCACCAUCAACAUGUCUCUCAGUGCAGUGCAAACUAUUGCAAAGCAAGGUGAAAAUAUAACUGUGAUAUGUGCAGUGAGAGGCAUUGAGCUGAUCAAUUUCACUUGGAGUUAUCCAGGCCAGAAAAUGGGCAGGGAGGUAGAACCUUUCACUCAGUUUGGACCAGGGGUCCGCCACUAUAUCAGUUCCACACUGACUAUCCACAACACUGAGCUGGAGGAUGAAGGCGUGUAUGUCUGUGAGGCCACUGACACCUUCCAUGGGCAAAAAGAAGCACAAGACAUCUUUAUUAGAGUGAUUGAACAUGGCUUUGUGAACUUCCACACGGCUCUGAAUGACACUGUGUUUGCUGAACUGCACAAAAGUCACACCUUCCAUGUGCAGAUUGAGGCCUAUCCAAGCCCAACCAUCAGCUGGUUUCAGGAUGAUAAGCCCCUGAUUUCAGGCAGUGACAGUGAAUUUGCCAUCAACACCAGGAAUCUCUCAGAAACCAGGUAUCAAACUACUCUGACCCUUGUAAGGGUGAAGCAGAGUGAAGGAGGUUUGUACACUGUCCGAGCGUUCAAUGAAGAUGAUGCAGAGGAGCUGUCCUUUUACUUACAGAUUAAUGUCCCAGCUAAGGUGACUGAUUUGAGAGAGAACAGCAAUGCCAGCAGUGGGAAGCAAACCGUGACCUGCAUCAUGGAAGGAAUGCCCCAGCCAGAUGUUACCUGGUAUACUUGUAAUGAUGCCAAACGGUGUGAUGGGGAAACUACCAGGAUCCUGGGAAAUACCUCAGAAGAGAUGGAACUUCAGACAAACUCCACCUACCAAGAUGACCUGAAGAUUUACAUUGUGACAAGCAGGCUGCAUCUCCAUAGAGUAGAUGAGCCAGUCUUCAUAAGCUGUGCCUCCCGAAACAUCUUGGGCACAGAUUCUCAGAAUAUCGUCAUCGUCCCACACAAUUUGUCCUUUAAAGUGAUCAUCAUCUCAGUUAUUGUGGCCUUACUGGUGCUCAUGGUUCUUUUCCUAGUGAUCCUUGUCUUCCUGUGGCGAAAGAAACCCCGCUAUGAAAUACGUUGGAAGGUGAUUGAGUCUGUCAGCUCUGAUGGACACGAGUAUAUCUAUGUCGACCCCAUGCAGCUUCCCUAUGACUCCAGCUGGGAGGUUCCUAGGGACAAGCUGGUGCUGGGACGCACGCUGGGGUCUGGGGCCUUUGGCCGUGUGGUGGAAGCCAUCGCCCAUAGUCUCAGCCACUCACAGUCCACCAUGAGGGUUGCUGUGAAAAUGCUCAAAUCUACUGCCAGAAGCAGCGAGAAGCAAGCACUCAUGUCAGAACUGAAGAUCAUGAGCCAUCUGGGACCUCAUCUGAACAUUGUCAACUUGCUUGGUGCCUGCACCAAAGGAGGCCCCAUCUACAUCAUAACGGAGUACUGCCGCUAUGGAGAUCUGGUGGACUACCUGCACAGAAACAAACACACCUUCCUACAGUGCUGCAGUGAAAACACCAAGCAGGAAGCAGAAGUGUAUGGAAAUGCCCCCCGCGAGGACCGGGUGCAGAGCCACACAUCAUUAUCUGUGGAAAGUGAUGGGGGCUACAUGGAUAUGAGUAAGGAUGAGUCACUGGAUUAUGUGCCCAUGUCAGACAUGAAGGGUGAAAUCAAGUAUGUGGACAUCGAUUCUUCUAAUUAUGGUACCACCUAUGAACUGGGCAGCUAUUCACCAACAGCUUCUGAGAGGGUGACACUGAUAAAUGAAUCUCCUCUGCUCAGCUACACAGAUCUUGUUGGAAUCAGUUUCCAGGUGGCUAAUGGGAUGCAGUUCCUAGCUUCCAAAAAUUGUGUGCACCGAGACCUGGCUGCAAGGAAUGUUCUGAUCUGUGAGGGGAAGCUGGUGAAGAUCUGUGACUUUGGCUUAGCUAGAGACAUCAUGCGGGAUUCCAAUUACAUUUCCAAAGGCAAUACCUUCUUGCCUUUGAAGUGGAUGGCACCUGAGAGCAUCUUCAACAACCUCUACACUACCUUGAGUGAUGUGUGGUCCUUUGGCAUCCUUCUCUGGGAAAUAUUCACUCUCGGUGGGACUCCAUAUCCGGAACUGCCUAUGAACGAGCAAUUCUACAACGCCAUCAAACGUGGCUAUCGGAUGUCCAAGCCCACUUACGCAUCUAAUGAGAUCUAUGAAAUCAUGCAGAAAUGUUGGGAAGAGAAAUUUGAGAUUCGACCUUCUUUCUCUCAGCUGGUAAUGCUUAUGGGAAACCUUCUGGAGGAUAGCUAUAAAAAGAGGUACCAACAGGUCAAUGAAGAGUUUUUGAAGAGUGACCAUCCUGCUGUUGUCCGCACAAGGCCCAGGAACUUUGGACUCAACAAUUUCCAGCCUGCUGCCAACUCCAAUGCCAGUUCAAGCUCUGUCCUCUAUACUACGGUGGAGCAGAAUGGACUGGACAAUGAUUAUAUCAUUCCUUUGCCUGAUCCUAAACCAGAAGGAGCCAGUGACAGCCCCCAGGAGGCUUCCAGCAGUUGUACCAGUUCUACACUGAAUGAAGCAAACACAUCGUCUACCAUAUCCUGCGACAGUCCACUAGUCCCUCAGCAAGAUGAAGAAGAAAAAGUGACAGAACUAAAGUCAGAUUGUUAGGGUUGCGUGCAUGCUUCAGCCUUCAUGCUAUGGUGAUGCUGGGGAGCUGGCGCUGGGGAGUUCCAAGAUGAAACUUCCCUCUCCUGCAGACCUACCAAAUUGUAGUUACAGCCUUCCUGUCUUCCUUCCUCUUCAACCCAAAGCACAACCCAUGAAUUGUAACAUGGAAGAGACUUUUCUGUGGCUAAGAAUACAUGCAUGCUUGCCAGUAAAGAUGACAGACCAUGUCAACGUAACUGAAAUGUGUGUCACAUAUUUUAUGUGACUUCCCAUGUUUUUCAAAAGGGACUGUCUUCAUUUCAUCGCUUUGCACAGAAAUCAUUCUCCAUUCAUUUCCUCUUGUGCCGAUUCAGAACAUCAUGAGAUUAUGUGAAAGCUUGCCCUUUGCUUCACAGCUACAGCUCCAGAUUGCAGAAGAGGAGUGGAUAUAUGGAUAAAAUUAGUCUCCUCUCCCCACCAUGAAGCUUGUCCUCGUUGCAUCAACUGAAAGAGAGGGCCUCUUUGGAAAUGCUUGUCUUCUCAUUGAGUUUGUUUUUGAGACCAAUAACUGUUCAUUUAUUGGAAUAUCAAAUCAUAUAUAUUUUUUAAAUCCUGUGAAAGUGGGUGAUGUAUGUAUGUAUGUAUAUACAGAAAGUGUGGUGUGUAUUUUGUUUUUAGAGGCCAGCUAAAGGGUCAAAGAGGUGACUUGCCCACAAUACUGACCAGUUUACAAGCACCAACAAGGGGAUUUUCCAUUCAGAGUGGUGUUAUAAUGAUGACCAAGAAAAGAGCAAGCUCGGACAUUUAUCCUGAGGUUUGCUCUUCCUUUCCUAUGUUCCCCAGUGGUUUUGCUGGAGGUCCAGCACUACAGGGAUAACGGUACAAUAUUAAAGGUACUAUGGAUUACAGGUACUCACAGAUAUCAAGGACCUUCAGUGGUCUAAACUGGACUGAAAGGAAUAUGUUUAUUCCCCAAGGGCAUGAAGAGCCAGUAGAGACUGACAGCUAAUGACUGUGGCAACAGAAGGACAUUUCAUUUUCAUGUUACUCUGUAUUCUGCCUUUUCAACAUAUCACCCAUUUAAAGCAAAAUGGAGAACUAUCUGAGAACAGCAUUAAGAUGGGAAAUGGCUAUUAAA